CCCAGAGAUCCCCAGGUCCGCGGCGCAAAAGUGCCUUGUGGUACUUAGCCCGGGUGUUGGCGGGGGACUCAGUGCCGGCCUUCUGGAGCCUGGUUGGGGUUCGGUCUGCGGAGUUGUGGGAUCAGUGGCUCGGAAGAAUGGUUUUUGGGGGCAGAUAACAGAGCUUCGUCUUGUUUCUCUCGGUUGAUUUGGAAUCCUCUGCUCUUCGACCCCCGCAGGGAAACCAUGCCGAAACCCCGGAAGAGGCUCAGCGGGGCUGCGGGGCCAGACAAUAAGGAGCCAGCAGGAAAACGUACCAAGACUAAGAACCCAGCAGGGGCAUUAGCUGCAAUGGGUAACUCCAGCCCUGAGAAGACUUCAGCCUCUAAAAACUGUGGGAAGAAUCUAAGCAGUUACUGGCUGAUGAAGUCUGAGCCAGAAAGCCGACUAGAGAAAGGUGUCGAUGUGAAGUUCAGCAUUGAGGAUCUUAAAGCAGAGCCCAAGCAGACAGCAUGCUGGGAUGGUGUUCGCAACUACCAGUUUACAAAUGGCCUGUGUUCUGGCCAGUGUCUGCAUACCAGUCUGGGUGUCUCAGCAAAGGCCCGGAACUUCCUUCGAGCCAUGAAGCUGGAGCAAGAAGCCUUCUUCUACCAUAGCAACUGCAAAGAGCCAGGCAUCGCAGGACUUGUGAAGAUUGUGAAGGAGGCUUACCCAGACCACACACAGUUUGAGAAAAACAGUCCCUAUUAUGACCCAUCCAGCAAAGAAGACAACCCUAAAUGGUCCAUGGUGGAUGUACAGUUUGUUCGGAUGAUGAAGCGUUACAUUACCCUGGCUGAGCUCAAAACCCAUCACCAAGCUCACAAAACCACUGGAGGCCCCUUAAAAGAUAUGGCUCUUUUCACUCGCCAGAGACUCUCAGUUCAACCCCUGACCCCAGAGGAGUUUUAUUUUAUUUUGAGCCUGGAGGAAAAGGAGCCAAGUUAACUGGGACACUGUUGCUGGAAUGAGCAAGACAUUACUCCAAAAAAGUCAAGCUUUUCUAAGACAAAAUAAAGUGUGUGGUGGCUUGCAUGUUAUGUUCACCUGGGGUUGUGUAUGUAGAUGGUUUUCAUGUACCUUUUCCAAUAAAACAUUAAUAUCAAA